AUGUCCGAUACUACUGCCAAGCAGCCGGUGCCGACUGGUCCUAACCCUGGGCGCACGGCGGUGGGCAGCCUCGCUCCGUACUGUCCCGACCCUAACCCCGUCCUCGCGUACGUGCGCGAAUUUGUCGACACUCACCUGCUCCCCUACGCCCAGGACUGGGAGGCCGCCGGCGAGUGCCCCAUGGCCGCGAGAUUGAAGUUCGCCAAGUCCGGUCUGGCUUUCCUUGACGUGCCCAGGGAGUACCGGCCCCAGGAGCUCAUGACAAUCGCGGGCAUCCCGUUCGACGAGCUCGAUGUCUUUCACGAGCUGAUCCUGAUGGACGAGAUGGCCCGCAUCCCGAGCGGGGUGCCCCUCGCUCUGGCGGGGGCCUCCAACGUGGGCGCCCCGCCUGUCUGGACAGCGGGGACGGAGGAGCAGAAGAGACGAUGGCUGCCGGGCCUCUUCACAUGGGAGACGAGUUUCUGUCUUGCCAUCACGGAGCCCACGGCCGGCAGCGAUGUGAGUGCCAUACGCGCGACAGCCGAGAAGACGGCUGAUGGCAAGCAUUACAUCGUCAACGGGCGCAAGAAGUGGGUUACCGGUGCUCCGUGGGCCACGCACAUGACAACUGCCGUCCGAAUGGGCGAACUUGGUCGGAGCGGUAUCUCUCUCCUUGUCGUGCCCCUCAAGUCUCCUGGUAUCACGAUCAGGAAGAUCCACAACUCGGGCCACAACGCGGGCGGUUCCUCGUGGGUCAUUCUGGAGGACGUGGAGGUUCCAGCCGAUCAUUUGCUGGGCGAGGAGAACGGAGCGUUUCCGAUCAUAAUGCGCAACUUCAACAAAGAGCGCUUCAUUCUCACAGUGGACUGCAAUAGGCAGGCCCGGAUAUGUCUCUCGGAAGCACUUCAACACGCGCAUGACCGCGAGACUUUCGGGAAACCGCUUGCCUCCCAUCAAAUUAUUCGCCACAAACUCACGACACUUGCGCGAGAAAUCGAGGGACACUGGGCCUGGCUGGAGCAGAUAGCAUACCACAUCAAGAUCCACGGCUGGCAGACAAAGGACGUCGCGAGCAGGAUUGCCCUGGCAAAGAUCCAGGGCGGCAGAAUGGUUGAACAGGCCGUGAGGGAGAGCCAGCAGAUACACGGCGGGAUGGGUUUUGAGAGAGGGGUGACCAUGACGGAGCAGAUCUCACGCGACCUCCGUCUGAAAGUCAUCGGCGGGGGAAGCGAGGAGAUUCUGAGCGAUCUUGCAUGGCGAGAAGAGCACAAGCGGGCAUCAGGUCUAGGCGCGAAACUGUAG